AGGUUCCUAUGGGUCUCUAUGGGGCAGGAGGCCGCUAUGGGGUCUCUAUGGGGUCCCUAUGGGGUCUCUGUGCCCCCCAGGGACGCUGGGGGUCCGCCUGGCGCUGCUGCCGCUGCUGCUUCACGCCCAACGUGAGGCCGCCCGCAUCGCCCCACAUCUGCCCCACAUCCAGCGCCUGGCCAAGGAGCUGCAGGAAGCACGGAGGGGGGCGGAGCCGCACCGCGUGACUCGUGCCUACGCUCAGCUGGCCGCCUACCAGCAGCGGCACAACGUGAAUCCAUUGAGGGGCUUCCUGGUCCCCCUGGUGCAGACCCCCGUGUUCGUCUCUUUCUUCCUGGCGCUGCAGCAGAUGGCGGCAGUUCCGGUUCCGGGUUUGAAAGGGGGCGGAGUCGCGUGGAUCAGCGAUCUGAGCAGCCCAGACCCGACCUACGCCAUGCCGCUGCUCACCAGCGCCACCAUGUGGAUGGUGCUGGAGGCGGGGGCGGAGUCAGGCGUGAGCAGCCCCCACGCAGGGGCGGUGCGGGCGGUGCUGCGGGUGCUGCCGCUCGUCUUCCUGCCCAUGACCGUGCACUUCCCGGCGGCCAUCUUCGUCUAUUGGCUGACCUCCAACACCUUCAGCCUAUUGCAGGCGCUGUUGCUCCGCCUCCCCGCCGUCCGUUCCGCCCUUCGCAUCCCGGCUCCGCCCCCCCCCCCCCCCCCCGGAUCCUUCGGGGUCCGGCCCCAAAGAAGGAUUCCUGCAGAAGAUGCGCAACAGUGAGAGCCUGGGGGGAUCCUGGGGGUCACCGUGGAGCCCUAUGGGUCCCUAUGGGGCUUUAUGGGACUCCGUGGGUCUCUAUGGGGUCUCUAUGGGUCUGCGUGGGGUCUCUGUAGGUCACUGUGGGCCCCAUGGGGUCCCUAUGGGUCUUUAUGGGACUCUGUGGGUCCCUGGGGGUUCUUCAUGGGGUCUCUAUGGGUCUGUGUGGGGUCUCUGUAGGUUACUAUGGGCCUCUAUCGGGUCCCUAUGGACCCCCAAGGGUCUUUAUGGGACCCUGUGGGUCUCUAUGGGUCCCUGGAGGUUCUCCAUGGGGUCUCCAUGGGUCUGUGUGGGGCCUCUGUGGGUCACUGUGGGCCUCCAUGGGGUCCCUAUGGCACUUUAUGGGACUCCGUGGGUCACUAUGGGCCUCCAUGGGGUCACUGUGGGUCUCUAUGGGUCCCUAUGGGUCUUUAUGGGACUCUGUGGGUCUUUAUGGGUCCCUAGGAGUGUCUGUGUGGGGGUCUGUGUAGGACACUAUGGGCCUCCAUGGGGU